GCCAUCCUGAUAAAUUUUGUCUACUUUUCUAUCGACUUUAUAUCGCAUCUAGAAAAAAUCGGUGCCCGCGCGACUAAACAGAGGUUUUGGGAAUAUCCUUGCAUAAAACUAAAUCCUGGAUGAAAUUUAGUUUCGCUGCCCCAGAUCAUUUAAAUUUCUUUUUACGAACCGGCGACUUCAAGCAGCAGCUAACAAGGGUAAUGUCAAUUGUAAAAGCUUUCAACCAGUCAGUAAGCACUACGGCAGACUCAAAACAUACAAAUCGAGUUUGUUUGCUGCAACCCAUGGAAUCCGAUUACACGGCAAUAGAUUUAAGCUCAGGUAAGAACGUGAUAGGACGCACACGCGAAACUGGAAUUAGAGAUGUCCGUUGCUCCAAACGUCAGCUGGAGUUGGACGUUGACAUGGAAAAGCCAUGCGCAAAAAUGCGAGUGAUUGGUAUAAAUCCUUGUAGCGUUAAUGGCUUGAUGGUUAUGCAAAAUACAGAGUGCAAACUGGAACAUGGUGAUAUAAUCGAACUCGUUUACGGCAAACAUCAAUUCGAGUUACAAUUCAAACCGCCACCUUUAGCGGAAUCAAAAACCAACCAGAAAAAUGUGCAGAGGCUACAAAGUACAGCAGAUGAAAUAUCUUCGGUAAGUAAGAACUGUGUAAGCGGUUCUGGGCAUUGGGAAUCAAUAGAAAAUGGGGCCAUGAUGGUUUAUACAGACGCAGGGGUCAAAGCAGCAAACAAAAUUGCUGCCUAUGAUAUUGAUGGAACCAUUAUUACGACGAAAUCGGGCAACGUUUUUCCAAAACAUGCUGAUGAUUGGCAGAUAAUUUACCCUGAAGUGCGAAAAAAACUAAAAUUAUUGCAUCAGAGUGGCUAUAAAAUUUGCUUUUUCACUAACCAAGGAGGUAUUGCUAGCGGUAAAAUAAAGUUGGAUGACUUUAAACGCAAAAUAAAAGAAAUACUUCAAAAAUUGGACGUCCCGGUCCAGGUAUUUAUCGCUGUAGAAGAAGGCCUUUAUAGAAAGCCCUUAACUGGAAUGUGGCAGUACUUGGUGGAGCAUCAAAAUGAAAUCGUAGAAAUAGAUUUGGCAAAAAGCUUUUAUGUAGGUGACGCUGCCGGACGACCAGAAAGCGGUAGUGGCAAAAACAAACGUAAAAAAGACCAUUCCUUGACAGAUCGUCGAUUCGCUGCUAACAUAGGAGUUUCAUUUUACACACCUGAGGAGCAUUUUCUAGCUAAACCGACGGAGCAGUGGAUUAAACCUGAAUAUGAACCGGCAGAGGUUGUAAAUAAUACACACAUUCCACUAUUAGAGCCAGAAAAUGUAGAACUACCUAGUGACGAAACCGAAAUGAUCAUCAUGGUGGGAUUGCCGGGCUCAGGUAAAAGCUUUUUUUGUCGCGAAUAUUUGGAGAAACAUAAUUACACUAUAGCAAACGCAGACAAAGCUGGAAGUACUCAAACGUGCAUUAAAAUUUGUGAAAAGGCAUUGGCAGAUGGUAAAUCGUGUGUUGUUGACAAUACAAAUGUCGACGUCGAAUCGCGUAAGAAGUUUAUAAAGCUUGCCCAGCAGUACAAAGUGCCGUGUCGAUGCUUCGUUAUGAAUGUGCCCGUAGACCAAGUGAGACAUAACAUAAAAUACAGACAAUUGACAGAUAAAAGUCAUUCAAAGAUAAAUGAGAUGGUCUUUAAUAUGAUGAAGAAAAAGUAUACAGAUCCAUCUAAAGACGAAGGUUUCUCACAUACAGUCAAAGUGAAUUUAAAGCCAAAAUUUAAAAGUGCAGUUGAAGAGCAAUUAUAUAAGUUAUAUUUGUUAGAAAAGUAAGUUCGAUUUGAGAAAAAUGCC